AGGGAACUGCCCGGGAGGAGGAGAUGAGAGGAGGGAAAAAACUUUUCCUCCUUUGUUUUUUAAAUGCAGCGAAGUGAGAGAGAGGGAGAAAGGAGAGAAGAGAAGAGAAGAAGAGAGGAGAGGAGGGAGGUGUGUGAGUUAAGUGAAUGAGGUAGGAAGGGUAGGAAGGAAGGAAGGAGUAUCAGUAACAUUUUCCAGAGGUUCUGCUGGAGAAGUGUGGAAGAGCCGCAACAGCCUGAAAGUUGUCCGACCUGGACACGAGCUAACCUCACUCGUAUCUGUGCUCACUGUUAGUUCCGCUUUGUUUUACGGGUUCUGCUGCGUGAACGAGGCAAAGACACGAACACAACUAUGUCGCUGUUGUCGAUUUUCAGUGGUUGCCCGUGAGGUUUUUUUUAAAGAGCGCAGGGAAAGAAAAGGUUAGGAGAGAAACCGGUUCUCCCUGGUGCCUUACUGUCGCUUAUGUGUGUGUGAGAGGACUGUUUUUCCAGUUUGACAGCGCUGAUAUAGAAGCUACAGCACCGACAGACUCCUCAAAGUCGCCAAACCUGCUCCAAUGGACUUGAGAUAACGUUACAAGGAGUUCUACUCUUGUCCUAAACUUCAGCCAAUCCCACAGCCUUCCACACCCAGCCAGCAUGGCAGAUCCAACUGGGCUGAGCCCUGAAGGGGCGGGGUCAGGCACCGCUGAGGUUGACUCCUGUAGUUUGGAGAUAGAGAGGAAGUAUGAUGUCAUCCCUGCUGUCAUCUGCUCCAUGUGUUGCCUGUUUGGCAUCAUCUACUGCUUCUUUGGUUACCGCUGUUUCAAGGCCGUCAUGUUUCUGUCAGGUCUGAUGUUCGGCUCUGUCAUCAUCUUUCUGCUGUGCCACAAGGAGCACGUGCUGGACACCCAGCUGAGCGUUGAGGCCAGCGCGGGCAUCGGCCUGGGCAUAGGCCUGCUGUGCGGUCUGGUCACCAUGCUUGUGCGAAGUGUCGGCCUCUUCAUGACUGGCCUGCUGUUGGGGCUCCUCCUGGCCCUUGCCGCUUUGCUGGUCACUCACCAGUUCUACGCUCCGACCACAGUCUGGGUGCCGCUCGGUGUUCUUCUGGGAACAGGCAUGCUGUUCGCUGUGCUGACCCUGCAGUGGCAGAAGUUCUUCACCAUGGUCUCCACAGCUGUGUUUGGUGCAGCUAUCAUGACAGUGUGUGCUGAUUACUUUGUGGAGAUGUUGGCUCUGGCCACGUAUGUGUAUGAAUGCUUGCGCCUCACACCGGGGCCUCCUCUCUGCUGGUACAGCUGGGUCAUUCUGGGUAUCUGGCCCGCCCUCAGCCUCAUAGGAGUGUUGGUCCAGUGUAAACUGACGGGUGACAGCUUCUCGCACACAGAAGUUGUUAUCAGUCGGCGACAGAAGAGAGUCCAACUGAUGCGGAUUCGGGAGAAGGACGCCAAAAAGCGACAGCAGGCAGGUGGGCAGGAAGGCACGUACCGCCGUAAACCCACCCCAGUGAAACGUUACGCUGGGGAUCUACUGGCACCGAGCUACCUGCAAAGUCUGCGGGACAGACAGAUGGGCACAGGCACUUCCCUUAGCAGCAGCCUGGGCACCGUCAACCACACCAUGAUCGACCUGGAGUACGACAGCGGCUCCACUGUGCCCCUCACAGCUACAACCCCAGUGGUCAGGGUCUGAGCCACACACUCACACAUAAGAAGGGACUACUAAGUGCUAAGUGCUCUCUGGAUCUUCAACCGUGCCUCGCUCAUGUAGAGUAGACCCUAUAAACUGCUCCACUCAGCUAAUGGUUUUUAUUGUCUUCAGACUGAUUUGUAGCAAGGGUAGAUUUUCUCCUGUUGAUGUGUCAGUUCUGGGUGUCGGUGAAAGAGAUUGCUGCUUUUUUUUUUGAGAAGGAAGAAUCGUCAAGCUUGAUUUAAAAAAA